CGGAGGCUGGAGUGGGGCGUCUUCUGACACCUCUGUCUUCUUCUCCGCCGUUUCUGUCCUACCAACCAUCUCUCAGGCGGCAGGGAGUACGGCCGAGUCGAGAGGACGUUGUCCCUCGAGGGACAUCUGGAAAGGCUUCUCUCUUGGUGGCCAUGGCUCUCCAUCUCACUCGACUGACGGUCUGGGAUUAAGCAUGGAGUGGUGGCAGCGAGGACCCGACACCUAAACUGCUCUGGCGACAGGUCCUUGGUGGCCUGAGAGGCAGAGGGCAGAAGCAGCGCAGGAGUGGAAGACUCUCAUGUGGGUGUCUAGACGCGGCAGAAGCUUCUUGCCUACGACCCCCCCCCCAUGGUACGUCUUGGCCUUCCGAUUCAUCCCUCUGGUACUGAAUAAAAACACCAGCCGAGGGGACCCCUUGCUAAGCCAGUCAACAGGUAGUGGCUGCUGAUGCGUGGAGGUUCGUUGCUGGUCUGGGGCGAGAAGGAAGAGCCAGUCUGUGGAGGAGGCUUUGCAUGGACUUCAUUUGAUUUCUACAUAUACAGUGAUGGUACCCGUGGGAAGAGAUGCCCAGGUGUCCAGCCUGCUUUGCCGCAGGUGAGCAGGAGGAGGAAGAGCUGCUGCUGGUCUCCGAGUGCUCUGGCCCCGAGGUUGCCGCGCAGACUCCAGGCGGCUCGCUCAGACAUCCACGGGGAAGGCCCGGAACACGAUGAACAAAUUGAACUUCCACAAUAACAGAGUCAUGCAGGACCGACGCAGCGUGUGUGUUUUCCUCCCCAACGACCAUUCCCUCAACAUCAUCAUAAACGUCAAAAUAUUGUGCCAUGAGUUACUGGUCCAGGUGUGUGACCUCCUGCGGCUGAAGGACUGCCACCUCUUUGGGCUCAGCGUCAUUCAGAACAACGAGCACGUCUAUAUGGAGCUGUCCCAAAAGCUCUGCAAGUACUGUCCGAAAGAGUGGAAGAAAGAAGCGAGCAAGGGUAUAGACCAGUUUGGGCCGCCCAUGAUCAUUCACUUCCGAGUCCAGUAUUAUGUGGAAAACGGCCGGCUGAUCAGCGACCGAACCGCCCGCUACUAUUAUUACUGGCACCUGAGGAAGCAAGUCCUCCGCUCUCAGAGCCUGCUUCGCGAAGAGGCCUACUUCCUUCUGGCAGCCUUCGCCCUGCAAGCCGACCUGGGCAACUUCAAAAGGAACAAGCACUAUGGGAAAUACUUUGAACCCGAAGCCUACUUCCCCGCCUGGGUGGUGGCAAAGAGAGGAAAGGACUACAUUUUGAAGCACAUCCCCAUCAUGCACAAGGACCAGUGCGCCCUGACUGCCUCCGAGGCCCAUCUGAAGUACAUCAAGGAAGCUGUCCGGCUCGAUGACGUGGCUGUGCACUAUUAUAGAUUGUAUAAGGACAAGAAGGAAAUCGAGGCCUCCCUCACCCUAGGGAUUACCACUCGGGGGAUCCAGAUUUUCCAGAAUGUAAACAGCGAAAGACAGUUGCUUUACGACUUCCCUUGGACGAACGUGGGGAAACUCGUGUUUGUGGGCAAGAGGUUCGAGAUCCUGCCCGAUGGCUUGCCCUCUGCCCGCAAGCUCACCUACUACACCGCCUGCCCCUUGCGCUCACGGCACCUCCUGCAGCUCCUGAGCAACAGCCACCGCCUCUACAUGAACCUGCAGCCCGUCCUGCGGCAGAUCAGGAAGCUGGAGGAGAGCGAAGAGAAGAAGCAGUACCGCGAGUCCUAUAUCAGCGACCUGGAGAUGGACCAGUUGGAGAAGCGUUCCCGCGCGAGCGGGAGCAGCUCCGGGAGCAUGAAGCACAAGUGCCUGUCCCGCCUCUCGACCGCCAGCCACAGCAGCUCCCACACUUCGGGAAUCGAGGCUGACCCCAAGCCCAGGGGCGAGCAGGGGGCCGAGGACGACUUCCUGCUGCCCGCCGCCCACCACAAGCUGAGGGCCUGCAGCUCCCUGACUAGCCACGGCAGCUCCCACACUUCGGGCGUGGAGAGCAGCGAGAAGGAGCGGCUGGAGGAAGAAGACGACUCCCAGGAUGACGAAAUAGAGAUGCUGGUCGAUGACCCCCGAGACCUCGAGCCCACGAGCGAAAGGUCCCUGGACGACGUGAGUCCCGACGUCUGCAUUUACAUCACCGAGGACAUGCUCAUGGCCAGGAAGUUCAACGGGCACUCAGGAUUAGUCGUCAAAGAAGUCAGUUCGUCCACUUCCAGCUCCUCAGAGACCGUGGUCAAGCUUCGUGGCCAAAGCAUUGAUUCAUUGCCCCAGACGGCUUGCCGGAAGCCAAAGUCCUCCACUGACCGGCACAGCUUGAGCCUGGACGACAUCCGGCUCUACCAAAAGGACUUCCUGCGACUGGCCAGCCUCUGCCAGGAGACGGCCCAGAGCUACACCUUCGGCUGUGGCCACGGGCUGGCCGAGGAGGGCCUCUACUGCAACGGCUGCUUAGCGCAGCAGUGCAUCAACAUUCACGAGGCUUUCCCCGUCAAGAGGACCAGCAAGUACUUCUCUCUGGAUCUCGCCCACGAAGAAGUCCCGGAGUUUGUUGUCUGACGCUGCCUCUCCGGAAACGCCUCCGGAGCUGGGUACUCGGGAGGGAGGUGGCCCGAGAAAGAGGACCACAGAUUCCCUGGAUUAUUUCUGGUGCCAUAGCAGGGGUAUAUGGAGCUAUAUAUUCCCCGUCAAGAUCUCUUCUCGGAUACUACACAGAUACUGUGUUGCACUUUGACAAAAAAACGUGCCUCUCCCAAAGGCGGGUUCUUUCCGAAUCGAUGUCCGCGGCGGGAUUUGCUCCGGAAACACGGCGGUCUUCUGUUCUCGGAAAAGGGAAGGGAGGGGCAGCCUCGAGCGCCUGUUGCGCUCUCUCAUUUUGACGAGAAAAAAAGGAUGCACAAAGAUUGGCUUUUUAAUUUUAUUUGCCUCACGCAAGCCGUCGUCUUUCUUCCACGCUUCGGGUGGCCAUGACUUCCCGCAUUGCAUUUUGCAGCUUUCUUCGGGUCGGCCGUCCUGGCAUCAAUGCUGAAAGCGAGGACAUCGGUCUAUAUAGCCUUCUUUCUCCCCACACCCCACCCUUUUUACUUCCUGCACUGUGUCAAGCCAAAGAAAUGCACACAUCCCAAACGGGAAGCCAUUGAGACCACAGGUGUGAGCGAUAACUGACCAAAGGGACUUCGUCCUCCUUCGGUCGAGAGGCCUGGGGGAGGGCGACAAGUGUGUCGCGAUGCAGCCGGGCCGCCUUGCCAUUUUCCUGUUCUUCCCCACCAAAAGGAAAAAAUGACUGGAGGGUCAUCAUCUCCCUCUGAUAUGUUGCGUUGUUUACAAACGAAAAAGAAAAAAAACGGACCUAAAACCGAUGUUCAGAAAAGUGGGAUUUGGAAAGCUUCCGGAAGCGUUUUCAUUUGUGGUGGAAAUAACCUCAUGAACAGAUAAUCUGUCUGGAUUUAGCAAUAAGGUUUGCUGACCAAAGUACCUUAAGUUAGAGAGAGAGAAAGAGAGAGAGAGAUUAUAUAUAUAAAAAUGCGUAUAUAUAGAGAGGAGUAUUUGUUUAUCGUAUGCUUGAACUUGCAGACCUCCCGUUUUACGUUUUGUUUUUCUGUUUUAAAUGCCUUUUGUAGAAAAAGUUAACUACCCCCACCCCAUGUUACAUAUAUAGACAAUCUUUGAAAGCUCUGCUUACACACAGGGAAGAAAACUUGCUCCCCUUUUCUUUUUGCUGUCGGGGGGGGGGGUGUUGUUGCUGCUGCGUCGAAAGCAUGGCUUCUUCCUCACCCCCAUAAUAUGUCUUUGCUGUUUUCUUUUUUGAACUGGGUCUUCCAGGUAUCCUGAGAUGCUCCCCUCACCAUCUCUUUUGGGGGGGGCAAAGAAUGGGGAAAGAGGUCAGCAUGAUCCAGUAGAAACCGCAGUGAAAGUUGCUGAUUCCGUGUCCCCUCCUAGAACCCCAUUUUUCAUCCUGUUCUGUAGAAAAUCCCUCCACUGGCUCUGCCAUCCUCUGACCACAAGCUCAUUAGGAGAAUAGUUUUUACCCCCUUACCUCUCUGCAUCGCUGCGUUUUGGGGUCUCGUCACUCAGCACAGCUCUUUAUAAAACAAACAUACAAAAUACUUUACAAAUACAGUAACAUUUGUGGGCAGCCAAUGCAUGGAAUCACGCAACUUAUCUCCAAACGAGUUAGAGAUCUUUAAAGAGCUCCCACGUUCUCCGCCUUACUUGGGGGGGGGGGCAAAGCCCGCGCAGGGCGCCGCCUCGGGGAUGCUCGUGCAAGAUCUCACAGGGCCACCUGGGUUCCUGCGAGAUUUUGUGCGAACAUCCCAGAGCCAGUGUUCUGGGCCGGCCUUCAUUCCCAAAUUAAGGCAGAGAGCUCAAAAGCUCUUUUUUUCCUGCUGGAUCCGUGUGGUUUACCUGGCACACAAAAAGCUUUAAAGCUCUUUAUUAGUCUUCCGUGGAAUAAAAUAGCACGCAGGUAUGUGCACUGACAGAGAGCUGGAACUGGCCGUGACUUCUGCUUCGUGACCCAAGCAGCAGCAAACAUAUUUCCCGGGGGCGGGGGGGACAGCCCCAUAGCCUGUUGCUGAGCAGCGUUCUGCACAGCCUGAACUUUGAGCCAAGAGCUUUAGAAGGUGCCGCUCGGCUUCUCCAUUCUUCUGGGAAAAGUUGCGACACUCUCCGAGAGGAAGGAGGCUGGUGUUCAGCGGAUGGCGGUCUUGGAGUUAACAUCUUUCCAUUAAAUGGGUCUGGGUUGUCCCCUAUCUCAAAUUGUACCCAAGACCUUAAGCGAGGGAAGCAAAACGAUUUCUUAGCAAGAUGCCUUUUUUAUAAAAAAAAAAAGCACGCGAACAAAUAUUUUUGAGGGGUUUUGUAUUCACAGCCAUACAGCAUCGCCAUAUUUUGAUACGCUUGUCUUUUUUCUAACUGGAGCCUUUCUUAAAUAUAUAUAUAUGUACCUGUAUAUGUAUAUAUAUAUAUAUUAUUUUAUAAAGCUGAAAGCAAGGAUAUUUUUUCUAAAGAGGCAGAAAAUUUCCAUUCUUUCAUUUCCCCACCCCCUUCCCCCUGUUUUGGUGUUGAAAUAGGCUGACCAGCUCAUCAGUGUUAAGAGUUGAACCAAGAGGAGAGGUCUCAGGUUGGGCACUUCUAGAUUCUGCCAGUUGCUUCAGGUGAGCUUUCCCUGGUACCUGCGCUCCACAGCAUGUCAGCCCAAGAUCUUUGCAGCUUCCUUUUGAGAUUUUGCUUUGGGAUACAGGCCGGGGGUGUGUUUGUCUGUGUGUCGUAAAGCACCAGUUGCAGUGAGACCGCAUGUCCUUGAUGUUGUGCUUUGCCAUUGGCACUGCCAGUUUGGCACAGCUGCCCUCCCCUCUCCAUAGCAUUCUGGUACCAGCCGUUGCAAAUUGCAGACUCCACCCCCUGGCAGGCCAACCUUAGUCCCUUCUCAGCCAAGGAUGGCGACCUGCCAGGGUGUUGGGCUUGGAGGACUGUACAUAAAGGAGCAAUGUUGCCCUGUUCCUCGCUUCCCAUUGGACAGCCCUCUUGUCUUUUGGCAUAUCAUCAGGAGUGGCCCGCCCAGAUCUGUGGACAGAGGCUGGAUUUUGGUGAGACAAAUUUCGGCAAGGGACGAGGCUGACCUUUCACUCUGGCGCGGUGGUCAGGGUGCUUCAGAAGGGCAGGUGAUAUUACCAAUAAGCUUGGCUGGUUUACUCGGAAGGCUUUGUUUUGGAGAAGGAAGAGGAGGUUUUCUGAAAUCAGCCGUUUCCCAGUCUCUUGUGAAUGCCUCAGCAUCACACAAGCCAGCCAUCGCGGUUUGCAUAACACUUUCCUCUGUGUCUCUUGAGACACAGGUAAUAACAGCGACAGCUCACCUGAGGCGACCCUUUCGUCCGUCCCAGAUGCAUGGCUGCAGCCAAAUUCCUUGAUUCCGAAUUCCUAUCGGUCAGCUUUUUGUUGCUGCUGUUACCGAGCUGAACUGCUGGUCGAUCUAAGGCAGCCUUUGCUAACUCUGGUGCCGUGCAGAGGUGUUUGAACUACAGUUCCCAUGAGUUUCUAGCAUCAUGCAGCCAAGCAGAUGGCAACUGCGGUCCAGACACCUUUGCACAACACCAGGUUAGCCAGGGCUAAUCUCGAAGUCAUGAUAUCAGUCAGCGGUCAAUUUGUAUGGUGAAGCUGCAGGCUGAUAUUAAAUGCAGAUGCACACACACACACACACACACACACACACACACACACUGACCUAAUCUGAGUUGGAUUCAGAUGAGCAUCUCUGUUCUAGAGGAACACCUGUGAAGUCACUAUGCGGUGAUGAGAAUUUUCCUCCAUAGGGUCUAGCCGCCUGUGAGGGCCAUGUCUCGGCACGCUGACCCAGCUGAUUAGAAACAUGAGGGAGGUGUGCUCAAAAGUGCCUUAUUCCCAAAUGCCGCCGGCACACGGCUUCAGCUGUGCUUGCCAUUUGGUGAAGCUUGAAGCCGCCUCCGUCGCCCAGCCUGUUGUCUUGCGUCCGAUCAAAAAUGGAAGAAGCUCUGGAGAUAAAACAGUUCUUACCGCUAGAGGGCAGUAUUACCCUGGUGGCUGAGCGGAGGAAUGUUCCGGAUUUCGGUCCACAGCUGUGUUGCGCCAUGGGAGACUGAGCUGUCUGAUUGGACAAGCCAUCCCGUUUUUUCGUCUCUGUGGCUUUUGGUGUAGAAGUAAAGAUGCUCUGCCGGACCUCCUCGGAAGCCAUAUCUCAAUGUCACACAAAAGCCGAGGCUGGAUCUGUGGAUCUGUGUUGCCGUUGCUUAAAAUGAGACUUAAAACAACGACAACAGUUGACCUGGUGUGCGCUUGGUUGUCUGGUUUCUGUGUGAUAACAGUUCCCUUGCGGGGGAUGCUAGCUUUGUUUUAUAGAACCAGCUGUGAGGGUCUUUGUGUGGCUGCGCAUAAACUCUCAAUGUAUUUGGACGGGUUCAGCUGAAAACCCACUGCUUGUGUGUAACGGCAUAAGCCAGGGACAGAGACUUCAAGGAAUGAGUGCAGGGGGAAUUAGACACAUGCUGAGAGCAUGCCAGCAAAAAAGUUGCCUUUGUGAGUCCAAGCAAUGUUUUCAGAAAUGUGACGGUGGGUCCCAGGGGAUGUCGGCGGUGUGACAAAUGUGUGCUUUGUCCCUUUCCGAUCCCCACAGCAAAUGGGGGGGCAGAAUUGCCUGGCUGGUUCUAAGAGUGGGGAAGGCCUUCGGAUGCCAGCGGGGCCUGCCAGCUAGUGGCACCAUACUUGGGAAGUCCAAACUUACACCUGAAGAGAGGUCAGCUCUGGGGACGGGCCUGCAGCUCGGUGCUUCUAUCCAAAGCAGCGCGAAGCCUCUCCUUCCGUUAGUGUAAGGAUUUGUGCAGUGGGGUGUCGUCCCCCCCCCCCGCCUGCACCCUCCCCGAAUCUGCUCCAGAUUUAGCAGGCCAGGGAGGGGGGAAAGUGCCAAGCUAACUCCUUGCACUAACCGGAUGAGGGACUCAGCACCACUAUGGAUACGAGUCUCACAUGCCAGCUUCUAACCCUGGCAUCUCCAGCGACAGGAUCCCAACUUGCAGGGCAGAAAGCUGCUGCCAGUCAGAGCAAGACAAUAUAUUCCCAGGUAGACCAGUGGCUUGGCUCAACGUGGUUGAACGCAAUUUGUUCAUACUUCUGCCUGCUUCGUGUCUAAAGUGUGGUUCUGAUUUUCAGAGAAGGUGCCUUACAGGGAAUCAGAAUUCUCUACACCAGCGUUUCCAAAACUUGGGUCUCCAGCUGUUGUUGGACUACAACUCCCAUCAUCCCUAGCUAGCAAGGGCGGUCAGGGAUCAUGGGAGUUCUUGUCCCCCAAAAAGCUGGAGACCCAUGUUGGGGAAACACUGCUCUACACUGACCGGCAGCAGCUCUCCGGGGGCUCGGGCAGCGGACAUUCCCAGCCCGACCCAGAGGUACUGCUUGAGAUUGAACCUGAGACCUUCUUUCUGCAAACCGCUGGGCUCGGCGGCCUCUCUCUAAUGCGCAGGGGUGCUCAAACUCCCCCUGGCCUCCCCCAUGCCUUAUCACCACCUUGCAGCUCUUUUCUGCCUAACCCACUUUCUCCAAGCAGCGGAGGUCGAAAGGAGGCGUGUCGCUUCCAUGCCACAUGCCCUCCCCUUUCCAGCAGGAAAAGGCUUGGGCGGUGGUGGGGGGGUGUCUGCAUGGAACCAACCCCUGCCCCCCACCCUGCUCCUUUAGACCUGAGCAAACCAGAGCCACAGAGGUCCCCUCUGGAGUCACCAGGGGCACACGAACGCCGUGGCAGCCGCCGUCCUAAAAGGGUCCUCACUGUGCGAUGGGGAGGGGCACUAAAUUGUGCAAGCGGGGAAUAUAGCCUUUGGCCCGUAUGCGCUGGUAACCUUCAGGGUGUGGUUUAAGGGAAGGGGGUAUCAAAGAAGCAAGUCCUUUUGUAUUAUAGAUGUCCAAGGGAGGCCGUAUGCUACCAGCCUGUAUUUUAUAUAUAUAUAUCUAUAGUAUAUACUUUUGCAUUUCUGGGAACUCUUUAAUGGGUCUGGGUUGCUCCCCGGUUGCUGUCGCCGAAGACCCGUUCCCCCAGCUCCGAGUGCUGCACCGCUCAGACGAGCCCCUGCUCCUUUCUGUGAAAGGCUCUUCCCCGUCGGGACGGUGGCACGCCAGCAGCCGGGAGCAACGCGCUGAAAGGAGCAUAGCCAAUUUGUGUUUGUCACGCGGGACGUUUUUGCGGUGCGCGGCCUUUUGUGGUGCAGUUCAAAGAAAUGACAAUAAAAGUCGCAGUUUACAUUGCUGUAGCUCCUCUGGUCUUUGUUUUGAGUGGAGCGUCUCCCUCCCCGCACUAAGGGGGUGGGAAACCCAGCCAUCAAAAUAUCACAUACAUAUCUGCAUUCUUGACUAGCGACCCAGACAGAGGUGAGUCAGAGGAGAGAAUGUGGAGCCAUAGAGUCAUCGGGCUCCAUGAACACCCUGGAGAUCCGGCAUAGCAAAGGGGGGCAUGCUUGCUGUUGUGCAUUCUUCCUUAUGUCCUGAGGCAGCCAUGGGAAAGCUAUAGUCCCUCUUCCUCACUUCAUAUAAACUGUGGAACUCACUGCCACAAGAGGCAGGUAUGGUGGCUACCAACCUAGAGAAUCAUAGAAUCGUAGAGUUGGAAGAGACCACAAGGGCCAUCCAGUCCAACCCCCUGCCGAGCAGGAAACACCAUCAAAGCAUUCUUGACAUAUGCCUGUCAAGCCUCUGCUUAAAGACCUCCAAAGAAGGAGACUCCACCACAUUCCUUGGUAGCAAAUUCCACUGCCGAACAGCUCUUAAUGUCAGGAAGUUCUUCCUAAUGUUGAGGUGGAAUCUUCUUUCUUGUAGUUUGAAUCCAUUGCUCCGUGUCCGCUUCUCUGGAGCAGCAGAAAACAACCUUUCUCCCUCCUCUAUAUGAUAUCCUUUUAUAUAUUUGAACAUGGCUACCAUAUCACCCCUUAACCUUCUCUUCUCCAGGCUAAACAUACCCAGCUCUCUAAGCCGUUCCUCAUAAGGCAUCGUUUCCAGGCCUUUGACCAUUUUCGUUGCCCUCUUCUGGACACGUUCCACCUUGUCAGUAUCCUUCUUGAACUGUGGUGCCCAGAACUGGACACAGUACUCCAGGUGAGGUCUGACCAGAGCGGAAUACAGUGGUACUAUUACUUCCCUUGAAGAGAAUUAGAGAAGUUCUAAUUCUGAAUUCUAAUCCAAGAGUGGCUGGGGAAACCCAGCCAGAUGAGCAGGGUAUUACUAUUUGCGACGAAAGUCCCUCUCACUUUCCGUCUUAUAACUCUGACCUCUCAAUUAUUAAAAGCACUAACAGGGAUUUCUGAGGUAAAACAAACCUCCCACUUAUCCCUCUAGCCUUUCUUUAAACCCUCUAGCACUUGUGGGUUUUCAAAAAUAAAAGAGAGUCCUCUUCCAGCCUAAACGUGGCCAGGUACCUAUAUAGACUCGGGGCUAUAAGUAAGACUGUUCCUAUGUGCACUCAGAUAAGGGUUUCCCUUCACUAGAACCUCCCUUACUGUAAAGCUAGCCUCCUUCCUGAGGUAACUUUAUUAGCACUCAGAACCUGUCUCCUCCCUUAGCCCCCCCCUUUCUUGGUGCACUCUCAGCCACAAACUAACCUUUCUCCUCUAAA